ACAUUUUCUAUGAGUUUUUGUAUUGAAAAAUGUUUUUGUUCAAAUUUUGUUCUCAAAAAUUAUGUGCUGUAACAGUUAUAGUCGUUAUGUCGAUUACAUCGUUAGUGCUGUGCCACGAACAAUUACACAAAGUCUAUUCAGACCUGCACGAUCACGACGAUGUUGUUGACCGCGAUAAAGGAUAUAGAUUUCUAAUAACUGGCGGCUAUCGACCGCCUGAUCAAAAUCUAACAAAAUAUUUAGUUUCGAUAAGUCACGCGAAUUUUCGUAAAUUUUUUGGUGACGCACAUUUUUGCGGCGGUGCCAUCAUCAAAUCGAAUACCAUACUAACAGCGGCCCAUUGUAUAAGCAAACGUUUGAAUGGCUUUCAAAUGAUGCGUUCGAUUAUCGUAAUUGCUGGUACACCGAAUCGUCUACGUAAAACCAAAGACACACAAGUUAUGAAAGUGAAACGUGUUGCCGUCUAUGGCGCUUCGAAAACGGAAAAAUCCGUCGACAUUGCAGUUAUCGUUUUGCAGCGUCAUAUACACAUCGAUAAUGUGACAACAGGCAUAUUGCCGCUCGCCGAUCAUCCGCUGCGUCCCGGUGAGAAAUGCACUGUCAUUGGCUGGGGUCGUGUAUUCGAUCACGGUCCGAUGCCGGCCGUAGCCUUGUACGUGGAUUUGGUAAUAUGGCCGCGUCGAAAAUGUCAAUCGUAUAAAAGUUUCUAUGCGCCAUCUUUGAUAUGUGCCGGCGUGCCGGAAGAUCCCGAGCGUGAUUCAUGCGCCGGCGAUUCGGGUGGCCCGUUGAUAUGUAGCGGUCAAGUGGUGGGUGUCGUUUCAUUCGGCAUCGGUUGUGGCACGCCCGGCUAUCCCGGUUUCUAUACGAACGUUUACAGGUACUUGAACUGGAUAAGAGCAAAUCUUGCGCAUAAAUUACAGAUAAAUUAUUUUUUAAUAGCCCAAAUGAUAUUUUUCGUAUGUUUAUUGUAAACAAGGUCUUAGCGAAGAAUAUAUGUGAUUUAAAUUUAA